UUAAUAAAAUUUCCUCAAAUAUUUAGUCCCUGUUUCCCUGUCAUUGCCUUCGACUCUGAAAGUCGGAAGCUCGUCAACCUCUUGCUUGGGUCGAAACUCGAAAGUCCAUCCCCGGAUCUGAUCUGCGCGGCGCUCGACCGGAAUCGCGCGGAGAUGGACGGCGGCGACCUGAGGAGCAGCAUCAAGAAGUGGAACGUCAUCUACCCGGUGUACCUCAACUCCAAGAAGACGGUCGCCGAGGGCCGCCGCAUCGCCUCCGGCAAGGCCUGCCCCGACCCCACCUGCGUCGAGAUCGCCGAUUGCUGCUCCCACCUCAAGAUCCCUCACGCCAUCGAAUUGGAUAAGGCGUAUCCACGAGAUUUCUUCCAGGUGGGAAGGGUGAGAGUGCAGCUCAAGAAGGAUGACGGCUCCCCAGUCAAUCCUGCAAUCAAAACAAAGAAGCAGCUGAUGAUCCAAAUCGCGGAGCUAGUCCCCAAGCAUCAUGGCAGGACUAAGAAGCAGGAACCAGCAGCUUCUUCAACUGCAGGGACUUCAAAGGGGAAAGGUGGCAAGAAAAAGAAGUGAUGAUAGUACACCAUCUUGUGUCGUUCUUCUGUCCAUAGGAAGUUCCCUGAGAUUCGUCGAUGUCUGUUUUGAGGCCUGAAAUUCUGCGUCUCUUCUGUGCUCUGAAUUUCUAAUUUCUCGGGAAACAUCAAUCAAUGCCCGUAUUUCUUGUGAUUUGGACUAUUGGAAAGAGGAAGAUUGCACUGUUGUUUGCAAUGGAUAGCUUCCAAGUUAUGUUUUUGAAUAGAGCUCACCUUGAACAUGCUUAUGCUACUAAACCCCUUGCAACAGUGGGCUAGCAGAGGUUAUGACUUAUGAGGCUAACAGUGGCCAUCGGAUGAUUAAUCGUUCAUGUGUCAAUUGGGCCUUGGCCUACGUUUCUUUA